AUGGAUAAUUAGUUUGGUGACACAAACACACAAGAGCUUUGGUUUUGUAAUGCAAUGGCAGUUCUCAACUUCUCCUACAUGUGUCUUUCCAACCCACUUCCUCCAAAAUCCAAUCACUCUUCUUCUCUUCACUUCUCAUCUUCACUCACCUUUACCAAAGAACUGAAGAACACCAAUGCCAAGGUUAUAAAUGAAGACUCUUUUGGAGAUUUUGUAGCUAAAGCUGGCUUUGUGGGUCUUAUCUCUGCUUCUCUUUUCUUUGCAUCUGAUCCUGCACUUGCUUUUAAGGGUGGGGGUCCUUAUGGUUCUGAAGUAACAAGAGGACAGGAUUUAACUGGAAGAGAUUUUAGUGGCAAGACUUUGAUCAAGCAAGACUUUAAGACGUCAAUAUUGAGACAAGCCAAUUUUAAAGGUGCAAAGUUACUAGGAGCUAGUUUCUUUGAUGCUGAUUUAACAGGGGCUGAUCUAUCAGAUGCUGAUCUUAGAGGUGCAGACUUUUCAUUGGCAAAUGUAACAAAGGUAAAUUUGACUAAUGCUAACUUGGAAGGCGCACUUACGACUGGAAACACAUCUUUCAAGGGAUCGAUCAUAACAGGCGCAGACUUCACUGAUGUACCAUUGAGGGGAGAUCAAUUGGAAUACCUUUGUAAAGUUGCCGAUGGGGUGAAUCCGACCACUGGAAAUGAAACAAGAGACACACUGCUGUGUAAAUAAGUGCUCUACAACAAAGUAGCUGUACUUAAUACAGGCAAGAACAGGCAGUUUGAGCGCCAUGUUUUUUAUUCUGUUUGGGACAACACUGAUAAUCAUAAGCGAGCAUUUUGAUUC